CUUCACAGCAUACUGUCUAACAAAAUGAAGUUCUCUCUCGCUGCCGCUGCUGCCUUCGUCAGCGCUGUCACUGCUGCUACCCUUCCCUCUGCCUUUACCCUCGUGGCUGAUGGUGGAAACACUGUCCUGACCGACGGUGAAUACCUCUAUGUCGGCGGAAACACCACCACCAACGAGAUUGCCAUCUUCCACUCGACCCCUGACACUGGCGCUGUCUCCUUCACCUCCAAGUCCUCCACUCCCACUGGCUUCCAGAACCUCUACGUCGUCGAGAAGACUGUUCUCCCCGUCGGGCUGACCCGGCCCCACUCUGGCGCUCUGCCCGAGGGCGCCAGCAUGCUGGACUUUGGCGUCAACGAGGAGGGCUACUUCACCCAUGCGGACAAGGACUACUUCGCCAUUGAAGGCUAUGGCGACAACCCCCAGAAGACCAUCUACUGGUACGGAGCGCACAGCUCCACGUACAGAGCCGUUAACCUUUGGGUUAAGGAGUUCAAGGAAUAAAUGCGUCGCUGAUGUGGCGGAAUGUAUAUAGCCGAGACACCUGAAAUCCUGCAGUGGUUUCGGAUGUCGGAAUUGUCGGUCUUUUGAGGACUGGUUGUACACU